UCCUCCCCUGAGCCGAGGGCACUCCUCCUCUCCCAAGCCACCCCGCGUGCAGCCUCCGGAGAGGCCAGUGUGCUGCCUGCCCAUCCCUGCUCCUGGCAGCUCAGGACUGGCCUCUGGACCCCUGAGAUCUGGGGCAGGAGCAGCACCGCAGCAGGGAUUGGCUGACUCCCACCCCAAAUGCCCAGCAGGCCAGGCGCUGGGAGCACUCGGGGGCGUGACGGAUCCCAGCCUGUCUCCAGCCUGUGCUCCCUGGCCAGUCCGCCCUGGGCCUUGUCCACAAUGACGGGCCCAUCACUCAGCCUUACUCAUCUGCUCACCAUCUCAGGACUGCUCUGUUACUCAGCUUGCUGCUGGGCCCUUCCUGGCCUGGACCAGAAGAAGCGUGGCAGCCACAAAGCAUGCUGCCUGCUGACACCCCCUCCACCCCCACUCUUCCCACCACCAUUCUCCAGAGGGGGCCGAAGUCCGCUUCUCUUCCCAGACAUGAAGAACCUCAUCCUGGAGCUGGAGACCACGCAGUCCCCAUGUGUGCAAGGAUCGCUCGGUUCCCCUGGGCCUCCUGGCCCCCAGGGUCCACCGGGGCUUCCUGGCAAGACGGGACCAAAGGGAGAAAAGGGGGAGCUUGGCCGACCAGGAAGGAAGGGUAGACCUGGCCCCCCAGGUGUUCCUGGCAUGCCUGGGCCCGUUGGCUGGCCUGGCCCGGAAGGACCCAGGGGUGAAAAAGGCGACUUAGGUCUGAUGGGCUUGCCAGGGUCAAGAGGACCAAUAGGCUCCAAGGGCUACCCUGGAUCCAGAGGGGAGAAGGGAUCCAGAGGUGAAAAGGGUGACUUGGGUCCCAAAGGAGAAAAGGGUUUCCCGGGAUUUCCUGGAAUGUUGGGGCAGAAAGGUGAAAUGGGUCCAAAGGGGGAGCCUGGGAUAGCAGGACACCGGGGACCCACAGGAAGACCAGGAAAAAGAGGCAAGCAGGGGCAGAAGGGAGAUAGUGGAGUUAUGGGCCCACCAGGCAAGCCUGGGCCUUCUGGUCAACCUGGCCGUCAGGGUCCUCCAGGGCCCCCAGGCCCUGCAUCUGCAGGACAACUUGUAAUGGGACCCAAAGGGGAAAGAGGAUUUCCCGGGCCUCCAGGAAGAUGUCUUUGUGGAACCCCCAUGAAUGUGAAUAACCCUUCUUACGGGGAAUCUGCGUAUGGGCCCAGCUCCCUGCGAGUUCCUGCGAUUUUUGUGGUCAACAACCAGGAGGAGCUUGACAGGCUGAGCACCCAAAAUGCCAUUGCCUUCCGCAGAGACCAGAGAUCUCUGUAUUUCAAGGACAGCCUUGGCUGGCUCCCCAUCCAGCUGACUCCUUUCUAUCCCGUGGACUACACCGCAGACCACCGCGGCUCCUGUGGGGAUGGGGUCCUGCAGCCCGGGGAGGAGUGUGACGACGGGAACAAUGACGGGGGUGACGACUGCAUCAGCUGUCACCGGGCAUACUGUGGAGACGGCCACCGGCACAAGGGCGUGGAGGACUGUGACGGCUCUGACUUUGGCCAGCUGACGUGCGAGACCUAUCUCCCCGGGUCGUAUGGGGACUUGCAGUGCACCCCAUACUGCUACAUUGACUCCACGCCCUGCCGCUACUUCACCUGAGGCUUCCAGGAGGCGGAGGCCUGCGUCCCACGUACCUGCAGCAGCUUCUCCGCCCUCAUUAAGCUGACCUCGCACCGUCCUGGUCCAGUUCCAUCUGGAAGUUUCCAUCUGCAACAAAAACACACACAAACUCUUGCUGCUAAGAUGUGCUUUUAACUCAGUCCGACUGGAGGAACUUAGGACCAGCCUGUCUUAAUUCAAAGUACUGGAAAACCUCCACAUGCCCAGCCUGGAGACUGUGUGUGACCCACCGCUCCCUUUGGGCCAGUAGCGACCUACAGUGCCUGUUCUCUUCCCGUGUGUUGCCCACGCAGGCUGCAGAAUGGCUUAGCACUGUUAGACACACAUAGACCUGUGGGCUGUUUGUUCUCAUCCUGUUGGGGGCAUCUGGGGUACAGGCCUCUUGGCCCCUCAACCUCUGGAAACAUGGGUGUUCUUACCUGAACAGCUGGCCGCUGUGUCUGUGAACCACACCGCAGGGAAGGGGACCCAGCUCUGGACCUGCUGAAGGACCUCGCAACUGGCCACAGCCCAGCACAGCCUCAUGUGGAUGUCCCCCAACAAGAGACCCAACUGUGAAGAAGUACUGAGAAAGCCACCAAACCCUCACUCUGCCUUGGUAGAGGGCAGAGGCCCAGUUGGGGUGCCUGCCACGCGGAUGAAUGCAGAGCAGAGGCCUUCUGCCGCGUGAUGUUUCCCAAAGGGGCAGCUCCUGUGGUUUCGCCAUCCCAGGUACUGUCUUGCCCUUGUGGCUCCCUGCACUGUGACCUCUGCCUCCCAAAUGCCCCUCAUGUGCAUUUCUUGUUCAGGAGAUUUGUUGGCAAAGGGUGAGCAGAGUCCACGCCGGGGCAGGCUGUCGGUGUCUCCUCAGUCCUGAGGAGAACCUUGCCCUGAGUGUGCCAUCUGGGACCCCACCACUUCUGGCAGAGACGGUUUCUGUCCUGAGCUCCAGCUCCUGGCUGCCUGCUGUCUCCUACAAGGGCCCUGUGACCUCCCUCUGUGUCUCUGUACUGAGUAGCCUGGUCCUCGUGUCUGUGUGCCCGAGUCCCCACGUGUCUACAGGAUCCUUGUCCUGCACGUCUGUGAGCUGCCUUUCAUCGCCAUCUUUCCUGAGUGGGACUUGGCUUUGUUUCCAAAAGAUGUCUUCCCCACAGCAGGCCUCACAUGGGGUGGAGGGACACUCCUGGGCUUUUUUACAAAGCUAUUUCAUGUGGCUAAGUCUUGGGGACUCAGUAGACGGAAGCUUCUGGCCUCUAGUGGAUGGGGUCAGCCCGAAGGUGGUUCUUCAGAGGUGGGCACAUUGUUCAGGCUGGUUUCCUCAGCCUCUACUGCAAGUGCUGGGGUGAUGCUGCUCCCAUGGAAAGCCACCGCCUUCACCCUGGGAUCUCCGGGUGGGAAAUCAAGAAAUAAAGGCAGUUCU